AUGAAAUUCUGCUGCACAAGUUCGAUCAAUUCGAAACAACGAAAAUCAUUGAAUAAAAACAAUGAAAAGAAACUAAAAAAAACAAAAGAGAAAAUAUAUUCAUCAUCGUCGUCAUCGUCGUCAUCCUCAUCGAUUUACUGUACAAAUAUGUCAAUAGGAAAUAAUAUGAAAAAAUCUGAUAGUGGCUUUUCUGAAACAGCAACAACCUUAUCAUCAAUGCAACAAUCGGAAUCAUUGCUUGAGCAAAUUCUUUCAUUUGAAAAAAUCUACUAUGAAAAUUUAAAACAAUAUAUUAUUAAAUAUUCGCGACCUUUAAGACGUUAUCUAAAUCCGGAUGAAAUUGUAGAUCUCUUUCAAAAUAUUGAAAAAAUUUCGGCCAUAUCAGAUUCAAUUGUUCGUCAAUGUGAAAAAUUAUUUGAUACAGAAAAUGUAUCAAAUAUACCGAUUUCACUUAUCUAUCAAUCAUGGUCUGGUGUGAUGAUUGAUUCUUAUAAUUCAUAUUUAUCUCGCAGUGUACAAGCUCAUACGACAUUAAAACAAUGUCAAAAUAAAAUUGCCUAUUUUCUUCAAAUUCCAAUGGAGUAUAUUUCACGAGAAAUAUCUGAGUUUAUUCUCUUACCUAUUCGUCAUAUCUGUCUUCUCAGUGAUUUAUUUCAAUCGGAAAUUAUUGUUAAUUCACUUGUUAUAAAUGGUGUUGAUCGAAAAAUUAUUGAAGACAUAAGACUUCUAGCACUACAAGCUAAUGUCAUUCUUCAAUCAUCAUGUGCUAAUCAACAUGAUAGUACAAUAUCUACAUUAGAAUCGUCAGUAUAUUGUGCACCGAAUGUGACACUUGAAACAUCACAAGAUACAACUCUACAAUCAGAAAUCACCUCAACUAUUGUUCUUCAACGUACUAAUAAGGAACCAUGGGAACCGAAACGACUUGAAUUAUCAGAUUCAAAACUUUUAUUUAUUCGCAUUGAUCGAACAGAUAUUCGUUCGUCACUCACAACAAGUGUCUGUUUGGCAAAUGUUGUUCAUAUACAAGAAGAUCGUUCAAAUGAAGAACUACGUUUGGUAGUAGCUGCAACGGCGAAUAAGUCAUCGAAGCAUUCAUCUGUAAAAAUGAUUCGUGUACAUGUACGUUUUGAACAUACAAAUGAGUAUUCUCUUUGGUUUCAUCAUUUAUCACAUGCUAUUCAACAAGCAAAAGAUCAAAGUUGGUCAAAGAAAAAUGAACUUGUCAUUUAA